UAAUGCGUGCAAAUUGUGUCAUGCCCUUUACUUUACUUUAGCUUGAUAGCAUCUACUAUGAUCUAGCUUAGUCUCAGUCCCGUUGGGCGUUGGCCUUUAGGCUUUCGGAAAUUUGUAUUUUGUUUACUUUGUUAACAGAAUCAUAACAUUAACACGAGUCGCAAGCGACGUCUAUCAUUCUAUGACUCGCCAGUCGCCAGCAAAUUUUUAACACAUUUGGAAACUUGAUUUUGCAGUGUGCACCAAGCUGGUGUAAAUUUGAAGAGUGAAAAUGGAUUCUGAAGACCACUCCAUAUCCAACAGUGGAGGUAAUGUAAAAAACUCUCAGUUUAAUGCUGAAGUAGAACACAGUUCAGAAAAACAAAAAUCUGAAACUGGUUCAGUGGUUGACUCCACUAAAAUUUUACAUGAUUCUGUAAUGGAUAUUGCUGAUGAAUUCAACUCCUGUGAAGUUUCAUCCAAGGCUAGCACUGGCAACAGUUCAACUGAAAAUCCUGAACAAGAUUCAAUGCCUAAAGUUAGUAAGGCCGUGCGGCAAUGCAUCCAUGCUCUGCAAGAGGCGCCUGACACCACCCACAAGUUUGCUGCUCUCAUGAUGGUCACAAAGCUGAUCAGAGCUGAGGUUUUGGAUGACAGAAUUAAACUGAAGCUUUUUGAUGCUAUUGGAACAGAAUUUCUCACCAACCUCAUUAGAGAAAAUAUAGGACCUGAUGGUCACCCUGAUCCUAUAUUCAAAUCAAUUGCCUUAUCUAUUUUGUCAUUUUUUGUUACAACAGGGCACAGAAAAAGUUUUUUUGUGUCACUGAUUCCUGAUCUUUUGGAUAUCAUAUCAGAGUCAGAAUUGCAUGCUGAUGACCUUUCACUCAUACAGGAUGCUUUUAAAUGCAUUGAUGGGAUAGUUGCCCACAAGUCCGGCAGGAAAGCAUUCAUUAGUCAUGAUGGCCUUGAUAGCUUGAUAGACGUUUACCGACUUGAAAAUUUCUGUCAGGGGCAUGCCAUGCGAACUCUUAUGCUUAUCAUGGCAGAGGAAGGAACUAAUACAUGGUUGCAACACCACGCAAGCUUUACUAAAAUCAUGACGCACGUUGCGCACGAGUUUGCGAUGAAUAACUGCGAACGUAAGUUCGAGCUGUGCUCGCUACUGGUCGAGCUGCUUCACAGUAUGAAUGACACCCAUGAAGAAGAUAGUGGCUACGAGUGGCAGAAGCAAGUGCAUCAAGGAUUGUGUGACAUAAUUCUUAGUAAGCUUGGGAAGGAACAACGCUUCCAAGGCUUGCAUUUGGCAGCUGCUGCGCUGGAUGAACUUGGUCCGACGUGGGUCAUUUCUGGAGGAGAAAAAGGCCAACAUUUGAUGCUUGUUAUGGUGCAUCUGGCUUGUGUGGAAGUGCGCAUGAGCCUUGAAGACGAAUCGUUUGAGAAGACCGUGGCUUUCGCUCCUCAGACCACAUCUUGUUAUCUCAUUCUAGAAAAUGCCAUUAAAUUUUUAGUGAAUGGGGCCAUGGAAUUGGAAGGGAAGCAAAAACAACAACUCUACGCUGCUUUGAAAGGGGCUUUUAAUGCCGUGCUGUCCUUCCUAAAAAGCGUCACAGAAGAAAAAGUUCAUACGAGUUCUGCGUCUACUCAAAUGUUCAUAAGCGCAACAAUUCGUGUCCUUGGCGCAUGGUUAGCCGAAGAAACAACUGCCAACAAAAGCGAAGUGUAUGAAAUAUUGCCGCUGGUCAUUAGUUUAUCAAAGUAUAACUUUUAUUUCAAUAAGGAAGCUGGAAACAACGUACGUAGGAAGACCAAGUCGAGCGAACGCGACGAAGUGGCCGAUUUGCCUGAUUUAUUGAGAUUUUUAUUGCCAGGACUCUGUCAUUUGACAGCUGAGGAUGAACCAAGGAGCAUUUUACUAAAUUUUGGCAUCGAAAAGUUACUUUUGGACUACCUAACUUUUCAUUAUGAAACUAUUCGUCCCUUGUUAAAAUCUGCUAAAAAAGAAAGUAUUUCUUCCAGCGCGACUGAUAAAUCCGUGAUCUGUGAUACUGUAAUCACUCUUUGCUCAAUCUUCAUGAAUAUCGUUGUUACGUGCCCAAGAGAAGUUCAAUCGAAUGAUCUGUAUUUCAAGCUCCUCAAGAUCAUUUUCAGCAUUUCGAACGAAAUUCCUUUAGAGCGAGGUUUUCUAAGAUUUUGUGGAAAUGUCUGUGUUUUGGGAUUAAUGAUUUUGCGACACCAUUACGCGCAUGUCCGAAGCGCGAAUUUCGCAAUUUACAAAUUCAUUCAAAAUACCGUGAGGUUUCUGUGGGAUGCCCACAACAUAGAAGAGAGCUUAGAUUACGCAACACUUGUCGUCUCGCAGAAAUACCGUAUGUUAUGGGACGAACUAAUGGAGCUUUGGCAUCUAGGUAUGCACAAUCUCAUGAUGCUGUUGGCGCCGAUACCUUGGCUGUGCGAUUUCUUGCUCGAAUGUGACUGGCCGCAAACAAUCAUACAAACUCUAGCGCAAGUUAGAAUUGAAGGCGUUGACCCUGGCUUUAAGACUGUGAUUGAAGAUAUGUUGUGUAUGAUGGUGCGCUCUUCUGAACCUGCCAAACGCACCUUGAAGCAAGUCGAUGCGGUUAGGGUCGCUAAAUCACACGCUAUGGAAAAUCUCGCUGUGCUUCUACAAACUUAGUUAAUUUUUAGUAGCACUAUGUAACAAAAUUACGAUACUUGUAAUCUAAUGCUUGCGAAGUUUCACUGCUGUGAACAUUUUUUUUCCUUGCUUUAAGGCGCCCUUGUCCUUAGAGUGGUACCUCGUUUCUUGACUACAAUCCGUUCCGGAACUGUGGAUGUUACCUAGUAUAGAGUAUUCAACGAUUUUGUACCGAGAAAAAAUGUUUAACUAAAAUAACUUUUUCAUCUAACUCCCGAGCUGUACAUUGAUAGCGUUCUCACAAAUAUAUGCUUUGCUCAUA